AUGAUUGCCUCACGGUUCUCCAGAGCUCUCCCUCGAUCAAUUCCCAUCUCCCGUUUCUCUCAGAUUAGAGCCCCUCGCUCAUCAAUAAUUUCUCGAUAUGCCUCCACCGAAGCGCCCGAGGGCACAGAAAAGGUCAAGGGCCAAGUCAUCGGGAUUGACUUGGGAACAACAAACUCUGCUGUCGCCGUGAUGGAAGGCAAGCAGCCUCGUAUAAUAGAAAACUCUGAGGGGACUCGAACUACGCCAUCAGUGGUCGCCUUCACGGAGAGCGGCGAGCGUCUCGUUGGUAUUUCCGCCAAACGUCAAGCUGUGGUCAACCCGGAAAACACCCUUUUCGCGACCAAACGUCUCAUCGGCCGUAAAUUUUCCGAUCCUGAAUGCCAGCGAGAUAUCAAGGAAGUCCCCUACAAAAUUAUACAACACACCAACGGCGAUGCGUGGUUAGAGGCUCGCGGCGAAAAAUACUCCCCGUCGCAGAUUGGUGGCAUGGUCCUGCAAAAGAUGAAGGAAACGGCUGAAGCAUACCUGGGCAAACCCGUCAAGAACGGUGUCGUCACUGUCCCUGCCUACUUCAAUGAUAUGCAGCGACAGGCUACCAAGGAUGCCGGGCAAAUCGCUGGUCUCAACGUCCUCCGUGUCAUCAACGAGCCCACCGCCGCCGCCCUGGCGUAUGGUCUCGAGAAGGAAGAUGAUCGCGUGAUCGCAGUGUACGACCUGGGUGGUGGUACUUUCGACAUUUCCAUCCUUGAAAUCCAAAAAGGUGUCUUUGAAGUCAAGUCUACCAACGGUGAUACUCAUUUGGGUGGCGAGGACUUCGACAUCGCCCUGGUCCGCCACCUCGUUCAACAAUUUAAGAAGGAAUCUGGUAUUGAUCUAUCCAACGAUCGUAUGGCCAUCCAACGUAUCCGGGAGGCUGCUGAGAAGGCCAAGAUCGAAUUGUCGUCUUCACUACAAACCGACAUCAACUUGCCUUUCAUCACUGCCGAUGCUUCUGGUCCCAAGCAUAUCAACUCCAAACUGACCCGUGCUCAACUGGAGAAUCUGGUGGAUCCCCUCAUCUCCAAGACCAUCGAGCCUGUCCGCAAGGCUUUGAAGGAUGCCAACUUGCAAGCCAAGGACAUUCAAGAGGUUAUCCUCGUCGGUGGUAUGACUCGGAUGCCCAAGGUGACCGAGUCCGUGAAGAGCAUCUUCGGUCGUGAGCCGGCUAAGUCGGUCAACCCCGAUGAAGCUGUUGCCAUUGGUGCUGCCAUCCAGGGAGCUGUUCUUGCUGGUGAAGUGAUGGAUGUUCUGCUGCUCGACGUUACCCCUCUGUCUCUCGGUAUUGAAACCCUUGGCGGUGUCUUCACCCGAUUGAUCAACCGAAACACGACCAUCCCCACCAAGAAAUCGCAGAUCUUCUCCACUGCUGCCGACUUCCAGACUGCCGUCGAGAUCAAGGUCUACCAGGGUGAGCGCGAGCUUGUCCGUGACAACAAGUUGUUGGGCAACUUCCAAUUGGUGGGUAUUCCUCCUGCUCACCGGGGUGUUCCCCAGAUUGAGGUCACCUUCGACAUUGAUGCCGAUUCGAUUGUCCACGUCCAUGCCAAGGAUAAGUCGACCGGAAAGGAUCAAUCUAUCACCAUUGCUUCCGGCUCCGGUCUCUCUGAUGCUGAGAUCCAAAACAUGGUUGCCGAUGCCGAGAAGUACGGCGCUCAAGAUAAGGAGCGCAAGGCGGCCAUUGAAGCUGCCAACCGAGCUGACAGUGUCUUGAACGAUACCGAGAAAGCCCUGAAGGAGUUCGAAGACAAGCUCGACAAGACCGAAGCUGAUGCCAUCAAGGAGAAGAUCGCCUCGCUCCGUGAAUAUGUUGCCAAGAACCAAGCGGGCGAGGGUACCGCCACGGCGGAGGAGAUGAAGGCCAAGAUCGAUGAACUACAAACCACUGCUCUCACUCUAUUCGAUAAGAUGCACAAGGCACGCGAAGAGUCUCAACAAUCACCACCCCCGGGUGGUGAGGCCGGUGCACAACAAGGGGAUGAGCAGAAGCCUUGA